AUGUCGCCAGGAUCGCCAGAAGCACAGCCUGCGCAAGAGGCUCAGGCGGAGCACCGCGGUCUCAAGGCAUGCCAUGCCUGCCGUAUAGCAAAGGUCAAAUGCCUCGGCGGCGGCCCUGCACUCAAGUGCGCGAGAUGCGCUAGCGCGGCCAUCGAGUGUCGUUUCUCGGAAAGCCGGAGAGGAAGAGUGAAGGGCAGCCGAAACCGUAAGACACUCGAGAGACUGGCCGAGCAAGCACAUCAGCGCAGCCAGUUGUACCCCAAACCAAACCCCAGCAAGCCGCCAAACACUCCGAGUGGCCGAGCGAUAUCUUCUCCACCGAACAGACCACAGUCCUCACAGAGUGACGGGACGUCUUUUGGUCCCUUUUCUCGUCCACAGUCCUCCUCUAGAUCAAGCAAUGCCACCCAGCCGUCAUCAUCCUUCGACCGCCAGAACCUCCGUGUCCUCGAGAGAAGCUUUCCAACAGGUUCAGAACGUGUCCCCGACUCUUCUCAGAUCGACGCUAAAGAGGCAGGUGGCCAAAAUGACCUUCAUAAUCCUUUAUUGUUUCUCGCUGAAUGUGCGAGGAAAGGUUGGGAUUCGACCUCGCCCUGGGAAAGUCCACUGGUCAUGCCCGUGCCUGUGGGAAAGCUGCCCGCUGAGGAUGCGAAGAAUCUUGAGGGAUGGCGCUUGCGGCAUUUCGAGGAGGUGGUAGAGGACCAGAGGAGCUACUUCCAACAUGGACUUCAUGGAAGUAAGAGGGAUGUGGGGGAGGGCCUGGAUCCGGUCAGCUGGAGGAUCAUUGUUGAUAAGCAAGUGGAACCAUUGUUCGAUGCAUACUUCCUAUACUGUCAUAAGCAUUGGCCGAUGCUCGAUCGCAACCUUCACACGCCGGCGUUUGUGCGCAAUCGCUCAGUAUUCCUGUUCACUGUCAUCCUCGCCCUGGGCGCCACCUCCCUUGCAACCCUACCCAAAUCAUCGACCAGAGAACGUACUACAGCGACAAAGUUGUUUGCGCAUGUCGAAAAGCUACAACUCGUUAUUUGUGCUACGGCGGCUAAGUCCAUUGAGAUUGUUCAAGCUGAGCUUCUCUCUCAGAUGUGGGCACUCCGCACACCGAGGCUGGUAGAUGAUCAGCGAGCUAUGCGGCUCGGUAUGGCACUCCGCAUGGCAGGACAGAUCGGCCUUCAACACCCCUUUAGACACAGCGGCGCUGUUCCCCUGGACGCAUUUGCAAAGAAUGAUUUGAUGCUGAGGGUAUCAUUGAUCUUGACAGAAAGCAGGUGGGAGUCUAUAGCGGAUCGGAAAGAGGUCAUAAAUGUCGGGUUCGACCUCACAGACAGCGAGAGGAGCAUACUUCAUCGGGUCCAUCCACUUGACCCAGAAGCUAUCAUCGCAUCUGACUAUGCGCUUUACGGAUUCGAGGUCGAGUCCAAAGUCCGCAUAUCCUCUAAUCCAUCCGAUCCAUUCCUCCUGGACACCUCCCUUGACGCUGAACUCUCCUUCAUUCACACAUACCUUGCCUCCUGGGAAUCCCACUGGGUCGAGCCCCAGACAGACCCUCUCGAAAGAUGGUCAUUCCAGUACGCCGCUCUCCGCUCUCUCCUGGUCGGGCUUUUGCGUCUUGCCAAAGCCCGCGGGAAUCGUCCAGGUCCUUGGACCUCAAACUUCCGGAAAGAUCUAUACGGGGUCUCCACCAGAAUCCUGGAGGGCGCUCUGAGCCAUGAGCGUGCAUUACAUAUGCUACGUCCGACUUCGGUUCUGGUGUUCGUUUCGACUAUCGUCAUUCAGCUCACCGACCGAGAGGCACGGGAGAGGGAUCUGAUUCUCCGAGUGGGGUUGAGGCUGGCAGGGGAGGCGGGGAGGGAGGAGAUGAAGACGUUCGCGACGCACAACGGUUUUCAGAUUCUGAACAUGCUUUGCUUGAGUCGAGAGGAGGCGGGUCAAAGACGGGCAGCCCGUAUCUUGUCAUUUUCGGACAGAGUAGAUGGAGAAAGGCAAGGCUCGAAUCAGCCAAAACACAGCCACGACGCGCACCAAGUGUCCACAUCGCCAGCUAGAAGCCAUCAAUUCUCAUCUUCGCUCAGCUCCACGUCUUCCUCACCUCUCGAUCGAUCUCGGCAAAACUUUGCUCAACAGCCGUCAGAUUAUUACCUCCCGCUGCCGGUGACUAGUCAAGAUCUAUACAAUGUUGAGCCUCAGUCGCCAAAUCAAGAACCUGGACAUAUGAACGCGGGGAAUAGUGGCUUGGAUCAGCUGCUGGCGUUCUCCCUGGACGACGUCGACUUUCCUUACAUCUCCGACAAUGCUAUGGCGGCUGCUUCGGCAGCACUCCACAACGGAGAAACCUUGGGUCAGAGAGGCUUCAGCCACAGCGCAUAUGUCUCUGAUCCUGUGUCUUUCACCAAUGGGGUUUCGGGCCGAGGUAAUGAGUCCCAAAUUGCUGGAGGAGAACCAACCUGGAGCGAUCUAUUAGCAGCGAUUGUCACUGGUCGAGAUGGAGGGGAAGGAGGCAUGUCGGACAUGUCAGGACUCUGCUCUUCAGAGGACAGAGGGAUCCCUACAUCAGAAGGAGUCGGAGGAAUGAACUGGGCAGCGUAUCAUGAGCCUGCCGGUCAGGGGACAAAUACUGCAUCUGGCCCAGAAGGAGACAGGAUGACCACCGAGUUGUAUUUUCAGCUCGCUUCCGCUUUAGGAAGUUGA